AGUGGAAUUUUACUUUUCACCUGGAAAUUUAUCGCGAGACGUGUAUUUAAAAAGUCAUAUGGAUUCUGAAUUUUAUGUCAGUGUAGAUAUAAUUUCACAGUUUAAAAAGGUGCAAGAAUUAACUCAAGAUCCAGAUUUUAUUCUUGAAGCGCUCAAAGAUUCUUUAGUUAUUCAAGUCGAUUUAGUUAAUAGAAAGAUUAGAGCAUCAGGCUCAAGGACAACGUUGAUCCUUCGGGAUAUCUCUCCUGAUAUUACGGAAGAAGAAAUUACACAACUCUUUGAUGCUGAAUUGAAGCCGUUGUCUUUAAGAAGAGACGUCAAUAAUGUAUGGUUCGCCCAUUUCGAAGAUGAGAAUCGUACGAAGCAGGCAUAUUUACUUAUUAGAGAAAAAAAGCUAAAAGGCCAGUCAGUCAAAGUUAGAAUAAAAUCAGGACAAACCACAAAAGCUUUUAGUGAAGCACAUGCUAUUAGCCAGCCCAGACCGCCUACUCGCUACGAGCAAGUGGCAGCGCCUUACUUUCCAUAUUAUUGUUACGACUAUUAUUCGUCGCAAUAUGUAGAAUCAAAGCAAACUGUUUUAGUAAAUUGUUAUAACGAUAGAAAUGAGUUUCUGAAGAAGAAAAAUAAUUUUUCCCCAGACACUAAAAAAAAGGGGGUUAAACAAAGGAAGUCCGCUGGGCAAACCCGCCGACGUCGUUUUUUUUCUAACGGAUCUUCGCGUGAAAAGAAGCCAAAGCAAUACAUGAAGCCUCCAACCGAUGAUUCUACAAACUUUCCUCCUCUGUUAAACCUAACUUCUCCCAAUUUGACUUGGGAUGUUGAACUUUGCACUGAUAAUAAUGAGGCCUUUUCGAAAGAGCCUUCUGAUAAUGAAACAAAUACAAUAUCCUUGGAAGUGAAGUCUAAUGUAAACCAAUUAGAACAAGCGCUUUUUAACGGCCACAUGGCCAAGCCUGGGGCCAUGAGUUUUGCUCAAAUAGUUGCUACACCCAGGCCGAGUUCCAACCAAGAUAGUUCGGUUGACAAAUUAGAGAAUAAUGAGAAAACUGUAGCUAAUGCUAUGGAUAAUGAAAAUGUUGAUAAUAAUAAUGAAAAUAAUAAUAGUUAUAAUAAUGGUAAUGGUAAUAAUAGUAAUUAUAAACACAGAAAAAGUAAAAAAGGUAAUAGAAAAAAUAACAAUCAUAAUAGCAACAUAAGAAAUAGUUUUGAGAGAUCUAAAAAUAAUAACCCAGGUGAUUACGAUAAUAUUAAUAAUAAAUAUUGUAAUAAUUAUAGAAAGAAAUAA